UUGAACUCGACACCCUUCGCCCUUCUCCUAGUAAUAUUAACAAUUUCUCAAGCUCUUCUGUUUUGUUUCUGUUUGUGGGUCACUUUUUUUUGUUUGCUUUUUGGUCUGGGAAUUCUUCAAGGUUCUUUAAAAAUAUAUUCCUACCCACAUGGGAUUGGUUCCAAUCGGGAAACCCAGAAUCUCAGGUCUCAAGAAACAACAAAAGCUGCAACAACGUCGAACAUGGAUUCAAAAUCGGGUUUAAUCCAACAAUCUUUCAACUCCCGUUAUUCCGAAUGGGUCCGGGAAGCUCUCGACGAAUUAUCCGACAAUUUCACCAUCACGGAUCCUUCGAUUUCAGGCCACCCAAUCGUUUUCGCAAGCCGGAGCUUCUUGAAAAUGUUGGGUUAUUCCCGGGAAGAAGUAAUCGGUCAUAACGGUAAUAUAUUUCAGGGUCCCAAAACUAAUCGGAGGACGGUGAUGGAGAUAAGAGAAGCGAUUCGAGAGGAGAGGGGUAUUCAAGUGAAUUUGGUGAAUUACCGUAAAGACGGGACGCCGUUUUGGAUGUUGUUCCAUAUGAGUCCCGUUUUUGGGAAAGAAGAUGGGAGGAUGAUUCAUUUCGUGGCUGUUCAGGUCCCGAUAACAAGGCGGCAGAGGAGGAAUGGAGGGGUGAGCUUCAGUGAGGAUGCCUCUGGCUUGAAUGAGAUUAUGUUCGGCUCCUGUAGGAAGGAAGUGGAUACCAAUUCUGUGCUCGAAUUGGGUCGUGUUUUGUCCUCGGUUUCGAGUAGUAAUGUGUAUUUUACAGUAUUAGAUAUUGAAGAGACAUGCGAGGCAAGCGAUUUCGAGAAGCGAAGGGCAGCGAAUGCAUUUAACAGCAUCUUGUUCGUGCUAACCCACUAUAGUGAGUCGACUGGCAGAUUGGUCUGCGGGAAGAGAUGCAUUGUGCCUGGUGUAGGCUACAUCAGUUCAUCACUAAAUAUAUCACUUGGUAGAAUCAAACAGAGCUUUGUACUAAUCGAUCCACAUUUACCCGGGCUGCCUAUAGUUUAUGCAAGUGACACCUUCUUAAAAUUGACAGGCUAUGAUAGGCAUGAAAUAUAUGGGAUUAAUUUUGCAGUUUUGAAUGGUGCUGAUACAAAUACUUCGAGUGUAUAUCAGAUACAGGAAAGCAUUCAAAAAGAACAAGCAUGCACAGUACGUAUCUUAAGUUACAGGAAGGACAAAAGCUCAUUUUGGAAUAGCCUUCACUUAUCGCCUGUUCGUAAUGCCUCCGGCAAGAUAGCUUACUUUGUGGGCGUUCAGAUGGAGGAAGAGUGUAAGAACACGGACAGACACGGGCUAAGCCCCGAGAUGAGGCAACUUAGCACUGUCGGUGCGGUGAAGGUUGCAGUGAGGAGCUUAUCAAUGGCUGCUGGCUCCUCCAAGUCAUAAGACGGCUCCUGUAUUCUGUGCAGCUGUUAUAUAUCUCUCACCAGGCACUUGAAUCCAGUCUCAAACGUGUAAUCUCACCUAUUACCUGUCCGAAAUGAGAAAAUGUAAAGGAAAAGGAAUAAUGGAGCAGAGAUUGUUUCUAUGGGGUUCAUUGGUAUGUAACAUUGUUUAUAUAGAAAAUGCAUCAAUAAUGCUUUU